AUGGCAUCAGAAGCAAUGUACAGACCUGCUAUAGCCUCUAUGUCCCUGGGACGGGCAUGGGUGCAUGGUCUGGAGGAGAAGAUCAAACAAGCUGGCCAAGCAGGUUUCAAGGGUAUCGAGGUAUUUUACGAAGACCUCGAGUAUCAAGCGAAGGCAUACAACAAAGGAGAGAAGCCGGAACCAACAAACGAAGACGCUCUGGUCGCUGCAGCACAUCAAUUUCGAAAGUUGAGUGACGAGCAUGGGUUGCAAGUCAUCGGUCUACAGCCAUUCCUCUUCUAUGAAGGGCUGUUAGACCGAAAGCAGCAUCAAGUGCUGAUCGACAAGUUGAAGGUGUGGUUCAAGCUGGUGAAAGUAUUGGGAACGGAUGUGAUUCAGAUCCCCACGAAUUUCUUGCAGUCCGGCACCACGGGUGAUAUGGAUGUCAUUGUUGCAGACAUGAUCGAGGUGGCAGAUCUGGGACUGAAGGAGGAUCCGCCUGUCAAGUUCGCAUACGAGAACCUCGCCUGGGGUACACAUAUCGACACCUGGGACGCUCUGUGGGAAGUCGUCUGGCGAGUAGACCGACCGAAUUUUGGAUGCUGCCUCGACACCUUCAACAUUGCAGGCAGAGUAUGGGCGGACCCUGCCGCACCUAGCGGGAAGAACGCGAAUGCAGAUAACGACCUGCAGGACUCCUUGUCGCGGCUCGUGAAGACCAUAGAUGUCAACAAGGUGUUCUACAUCCAGGUUGUGGACGCCGAGAGGAUGAGAGAGCCAUUGAUUGAAGGCCAUCCGUGGUAUGCUGCAGAUCAGCCUGCCCGCAUGAGCUGGAGCAGAAAUGCCAGGCUAUUCCUGUACGAACAGGACAAAGGUGGCUACCUACCUGUGGUCGAUGUUGCGAAGGCGUUCAUCGCUGGUCUGGGUUAUCAAGGCUGGGUCUCGAUGGAGUUGUUCUCGAGGUCGAUGGCAGAUCCAGCGCCUGACGUGCCUCAGAAUCAUGCACAGCGAGGCAUAGCGAGCUGGAAACGGUUAGCUGAAGAGCUCAAGCUCUCAUGA